AUGGAUGUUGAUACUCCAAAAGCAUCAUUUUUGCAAGAUGUCUCUGCAGGAAACUCAUUCGAAUGCUCUAGCCAUUCGUAUUUUUCACCUUCGGAUCCAGAACUUCCGAUAUCUCACCUAUUUACGUCAUCUGCAUCUAGCACAUCGCCUUUUUUUAUCUCAUUAAGAGCAAAUUCUUCUCAAAAGCCGAUUUAUGUUAAUGAGGAUGGAAGGAUUUUCUUAGAGACCUUUUCUCCUGCGUUUUCAAUGGCACAAGAUUUUUUAAUUGCCAUUUCUGAACCAGUUAGUAGACCAAAUAUUAUUCACGAAUAUCAAAUUACACCAUAUUCCCUUUAUGCCGCUGUAUCGGUUGGACUUGAAACCGAUGCAAUUAUUGAUGUUUUAGACCGAUUCAGUAAGACCGAAUUGCCCACAGCGUUGGUUUCGUUUAUUCGAACCUGCACCCUAAGUUAUGGCAAAGUUAAAUUGGUCCUGCAUCAAGGUCGAUAUUGGAUCGAAACUGCAUUUCCUGAUAUCAUACAGAUGCUUUUAAAAGAUCCUAUAAUUGCAGAGGCAAGGAAAUCAUUACCACCUUCUUCAGAUAAUUACUCCCUAUCUUUAGCAAAGGAUUCUUCUAUUGAUAUCCCAUUUUCAGAGGAGACAAAUGAAAUUGAAAACUCGACAUUUUCUUUUGAAAUCCCAGCAGGCUCAGUUGAGCUGGUGAAGCGCAGAUGCAUUGAAAUUGACUAUCCAAUGUUAGAGGAAUACGAUUUUCUAAAUGACCUUCGGAACUUUCCGUUAGAUAUUCACUUGACAGCAACCACCUCCAUCAGACCGUAUCAAGAAGUUGCAUUAUCAAAAAUGUUUGGAAAUGCAAGAGCAAGAUCUGGAAUAAUUGUCCUUCCUUGUGGUGCUGGAAAGACAUUGGUUGGCAUUGCUGCCACUAGUACAAUCAAAAAAAGCACCCUUGUUUUGUGUACGUCUGGCGUAGCCGUUGAACAAUGGUAUCAACAGUUCCGUCAAUUUUCUACUAUUUCUCCCGAUUUGAUGGCACGAUUUACGUCUUCAACCAAGGAAUCGUCUAUUGUGAUCAACGAUGAUGAUGACCACCCUCAAUCCGCUUUGGUUAUAAUCACCACAUACACAAUGGUUGCUUUUAGUGGGAAGCGAUCUUACGAGGCUCAGCGUAUGAUGACGUGCAUAAAAAAGAUCGAGGGCCUAUUGUUACUUGACGAAGUGCAUGUCGUUCCUGCCAAUGUUUUCCGCCGCGUUUUGACCACCGUGGCUGCUCAUUCAAAAUUGGGACUUACUGCAACCCUAGUUAGGGAGGACGAUAAAAUUGCCGAUCUAAAUUUUCUGAUCGGCCCCAAGCUUUAUGAGGCCAACUGGCUCGACCUAAGCCGUCAAGGCCACAUAGCCACUGUGAAGUGCUCUGAAAUUUGGUGUCCAAUGACUUCUGAUUUUUAUCGCGAAUAUCUUGGGGCUUCUGGUAGGCGAAGGCGUCUUUUUUACGUCAUGAAUCCAAACAAGUUUCAAGCGUGCCAAUAUCUGAUCGAUAGCCAUGAAAAAAAGGGCGACAAGAUAAUCGUUUUUUCAGAUAAUGUUUAUGCCCUCAAAGUAGGGGCUUAUGCGCUCAAGUUGAAAAAGCCAUUCAUUUAUGGCCCAACCUCUCAAGUUGAACGGAUGCGGAUAUUGCAUCAAUUUCAAAACAACCCAAAUCUUAACACCAUAUUUCUUUCCAAAGUUGGAGACACGUCCAUUGAUCUUCCUGAAGCCACGUGUCUCAUCCAGAUAUCAUCACAUUAUGGAUCGAGAAGGCAAGAGGCACAGCGAUUGGGACGUAUUCUCCGUGCUAAGCGACGAAUGGACGAUGGAUUUAAUGCCUAUUUUUAUUCCUUAGUGUCAAAAGAUACCGAAGAAAUGUUUUAUUCCACCAAACGCCAGCAGUUUCUUAUUGACCAAGGCUAUACUUUCAAAGUGAUCACGGAAUUGGAGGGAAUGAAAAAAAAUAGACACUCCUUGGUAUAUUCGACCCAAAAAGAGCAGUUAGAGUUGUUAAAAUGUAUAAUAUUGGCUUCUGAAACCGAAGUGGCUGAGGAUGAAAAUCUGGGCACCUCUGCAGAUGACAUUGAUGGCCCCGACACAGGAUAUGUCUCCUCGGAGGCCCAAUUAAGAGCGUCAACCUCGCCUCACAAAUCGCUUUCUUCAUUGACAGGUGGAUCCGACCUUGUGUAUGUGGAGAAAAACAAAAGGAUAUCCACUGCUGUCGCAUCUACGAAAGGCCAAUCACAGCAGACCAGCCGACAUUCCUUAUUUAAAGCAUACUUUAAAUCCAAAAAGUGA